AUUUACUAUUAAACAAAAAUGCAAAUGCUGUAUUUUUAAAUAAAGUAAAAUACGAUGAAUUAAUUUUAAAAGUGAAUAAUGUGAAAACUAAAACCACAAAAAAGACUGCAGAUGAUUACAAAUUAAUUAAAAAAUACGAUGUUGUAAACAUAUCAGGGAUUGAAAAGUUAAUAGUUCCAGUAUCCGAAGGUAAUUUAAUUAAGUAUUAUGUUUACAACGAACAAUUGUUUCAACUUCUUAAUGAAACACAUACAUCUGUGGGACAUGGAGGUAGAAACCGUAUGGAGUAUGAAUUGAACUUGAAAUAUAAAAAUAUAACAAGGGAGACUAUAAUGAUAUUUUUAAAUUUAUGUGACCACUGUCAAAAAAAAGGCAGUACAAUUAAAAAAGGUUUAGUUGUAAAACGUAUACUUUCAUCAGAAUUGAACUCUCGCUGUCAAGUGGAUUUAAUAGACAUGUAAGCUCAGCCUAAUGGCGAUUACAAGUUCAUAAUGGUCUAUCAAGAUCACCUUACGAAGUUCGUAAUUCUUAGACCGUUAACUCAUAAACGGGCUGAAGAAGUAGCUUACGUGUUAAUUGAUAUUUUUACAACAUUUGGAGCCCCGGCAAUUUUGCAAAGUGAUAAUGGAAGGGAAUUCGCCAAUAAAGUUAUUAUUGAGUUGUGUAGUAUGUGGGAAGAACUUAAGAUUGUCCACGGAAAGCCUAGACACUCACAAAGUCAAGGGUCUGUUGAAAGGGCCAACCAAGAUAUUCAAAAUAUUCUCGCAACAUGUUUAGCCGAUAAUAAUUCAAGAAAGUGGAGCGAAGGUCUUAAAUUUGUUCAAUUUAUCAAGAAUCGGAGUUUUCACCAUGGUACAAAACUUUCGCCAUAUGAAGCUAUGUUCGGAACACAUGCUAAAGUUGGCCUAUAAUCAACGCAAAUUCCAACCGAUUUAAUUUCUACUUUAAAAUCAGAGGAAGAUUUAGAAAAAGCUCUAGGCUGUGGAAUUAAUAUCGAAAACAUAAACGAGAAACACGAAAAAAGUGAUGGAAGUGAUAAGGACAGUGCAAAACAACUUUUUUCUGAUGAAGAUGAAAACGAUCAAAUAAAAUUGAGAAUAGAAUCAAUUUCUUCAAAUGGAUCGAAUGCUGCUGAAAAUUUUAAAGUACAAGCUAACAAAAUGAAGAAUUUAUCUGAAGACCGUUUUUUCCAGGAAAAGAAGGAGAAAAUGUUAAAAUAAAAAUUCCUGAUGUGGAUCGAGCAAGAUGUGAUCUUAGGUGUAUUCUGGGAGUUAUACUUUCUGUUAAUUAGUUUUAAAAUAAUUUUAAUUAUAAAAUAACUUUUAAAUUAAUCAUUUUUUUUAUAGUAAAAGAUAAUUUAUAUGAAAUUGGAACAAACGAGGGCAGACUACAUCAACUCUACAGUCGGAACCAAUUCACAAUAUGUAAAGAGGUGUUUAUCCAGGCUGAUGAUGUACCACCAGUACAAAUUUCAUUAAGAGAAGUGGCAAAAAAAUCUUCUAAUUUGGGUGGCCUAGGGUACGAUAGGUGUACUUGCAAUACAUUGUGUAAGACCAACCGGUGUAAAUGUAAAAAAUCUGGUCGUCUUUGCAACUCAAAGUGUCAUAAUAGUGGUGUAUGUGGUAAUAAAUAAAGCAAAUAAAUAAUAAUUGUAAUUUAAUAAUAAAUUAAUUAAAUAUUAAAGCUGUGCAACUUUAUUUAUUUUUAAUAAUAUUUUUAAUAUCUUUAUUUUUAAUUUUUUAUAUAAUAUUCAAUAUUUAAUCUACUGUGCCCAAAUCUAAUUGGGCACUGUAUACAAUGCCCGGGCAACGUUAACUUAUUCCAACUUUGCCC